AUGGUUGAUAGUAAUACACUUUUCAUCAAGGAGUUAACGAAGAACAUCCCCAGCCCCCAGCAGAUUCUUAAAUCGUACUUGCUAGAGAGCUCGUCUAUUGAGAACUCAGUGUCAUUCAACCAAUUCAAAAAAAUAUUCAAAUCUGUUAGCAAAUCAGUCAAUGAUGAUGAUUACAUCCAUGAACUAUAUUUGAAACUAAUCAAAUACGAGAAUGAUUCAGUUUUACGCCAGAUUCAAAAUAACAUUGAUGAAGAGUUUGAUUUAGAUUCAUAUGCCAACAAUCACAGUAAACAGGAUACAGAUAAGGAUAAUGAUAAGAAUAAGGAUAAGGAUAAGGGUAAAAAAACGGAUUUAGAUCUUGGUCUCGAUCUAGAACUUGAUUUAGAUUUGUUGAACUCGAAAUUACUUCAAGUGGAUAAAUAUUUAGAUAUCGAAAUAGAAAAUUUAAGUAAAAAAAUUGAUUUACAAUUUGAUGAUAAUUUAUCAAGUUUGGUUGAUAAUUUGAAUGAUUUAAAAUUCGGCAAUUCAUCUUCAAUUGAUGAUUCAAUUCAAAACUGUUUAUCAUCUUUAACAUCGUUAAACGAUAUUUUAAUUAAUAAUUAA